AUGCGUCGUCCAACACCACUCCUCCCCUCGACAUUAACGACCUCGUCCUUCCUCCGACACAUUCAGCGCAAUAGCAGAACGCGGCGCUUCAAAUCGUCGAAACCCCCCACAGAUCCCAACCCAACCCCUAUCACCGAGGGCCAAACAUCCGCCCCUCAGAACCCGGCCCUAGACCGCAGCCAGCGCCUGAUCCCCCGCCGCUUGCAGCCCUACGCCUCGCGCUUCAAAUCCGCCCCGGUCUCGCACGUAACCGCCUUCCUGAUUUUGCAUGAGCUGACGGCUAUUAUACCGGUCGUAGGGCUGACCAGCUUGUUCUACUACAUGGACAUAGUACCGGUCGACUACGUUUUCGGGCCGUGGGCAGCCUAUGCGCAGGAGGCUUUGAACAAGCAGAUCAAGUGGCUCAAGAAGAAGGGAUGGCUGGGCUUGGGGGACGAGGACGGACGGGAGGGCGAAGAAAGCAGAACAGCCGAGGUAAUGCAGACCAUCAAAGAGAACGUCACAUUUAAGAACACACAGAAGGGAUAUAAGAUCGGCAUCCAGUUGGCCGCGGCAUACGCCAUCACUAAGGUCAUUAUAAUCCCAAGGGUGGCCUUGAGUAUUUGGCUCACCCCACCAGUAGCAAGGGCAAUGGUCUGGACCAGGAAAGCCAUUUUUAGGUGGUGA